AUGGCUAAAUUACAAUUUUCUUAUGACUCGAUUGUGGGCGGUGUCCCCAAUAAAGUGUAUGGUAGCGAGUACGAGUUAACUAUGAAUGUUUACGAAAUAAAUAAAAGUAAACAAAAUGUCGAAAAAAUAAACCGUAUUAGGAUUAUUGCUCAUCAUGAUGAUAUUCUUUUUUUUCAACAAUAUUUUGGUACUCGCAAAAAAUAUUGUUUUGAAAUGGAUGAUAGUGACAUUUCCCGAACGAAAAAGGAGUUAGGAAUGUUUAAUGUAGCGGAAAUUAAUUUUGACAAAACCCGAAAGUAUGAUAAAAAGAAAAUUACUUUACAAGGAAUUAUCGCAGCAAGAGCCAUUUUUAAAGCAAAAUACGACAAUGCCUACCUAUAUUUAGACGAUAAUACUUUUGACAAGGCUAUUUUGGGCGAGGAGGAGAUAAAUGAAACAAAUGACGACACUUCGUCUAAUGAUAACAAUGAUUCUAAUUCGGAUGAAAAUGGUAAUCCACCCCCUACUCUGGCCGAAAUUUUUCAGCAGGCUUGGAAUGGAAAAGAUGGAAAUAGCCAGUUAAAAAGUUUAAUUAACAAAUACAAGGUUACGGAAACCGAAUUUUUGAAUGCGACCGCUGAAAAUUAUCUAACUUCUGACCGCCAAAUUGACUUAACGGCUCUGGAAGGAUUUUUCAAAAUUGCUUUUGGGGAUAGAGUGGUCGAGCCAGAACAACAAGAACCAAAACAAAAUAAUACUCCUGACAAUUACGAACAGACUAAAACCGAUGCCAUUCAGAAAAUAAACGAGGCUCUAAACCAAGAACCAAAAAUAUUAAGUAGCGAAUUAGAUAAGGUUUUAGCCGAUAUUAGGAGUAAAAGGCAAAGCAAAGAAAAAGAAAGUAAAUUAAAUGAAGAAAUUCAAAACGCUCAAAACAAAAGUG